UACUGUCUGCCUAUUCCAACAGUUCUCCUUGUUGCCCCGUCAACAGGACCUGAUAUAGGUGGCACUGUUGUCAACGUAAUCGGGCACAACUUUGAGAACAGUAGUGAUGGUCAUUAUAUAUGUCGUUUUGGAAAUAUAGACACGAUUGGUCUGUGGUUAUCACGUGAACAAAUACAAUGCAUUAGUCCAAAGCAAACUGGCGAAGUGUCUGUAAAUGUUGCAAAAGAUGGAAGCGGAUUUACAAAGGAACAUGUCAAAUUCAAAUACCACCCCACAUGUCCUAGUAUUGCCUGCGGAAGAAAUGAAACACCACCUCAUGGGAUUUGUAUGUUUGGCCAAUGUUCAUGCAUCUUACCCUGGGAAGGAG